ACACCGGUAGAAAAAUAUCUUACAUUUGGCGAGCACCGAUCGUAUUGUUUUUUAUGGCGCUAACAAUGUGUUUAUUGUUGAUAGUUGAAUUCCACUUCGCGUGACAGGAAGAAAAUUGCGUCGUCUGCAAAAUCAACUAAUGUGCACUGAUUUAUAUUAUCUUGAACACCAGAACUGGAAUGAAGGUCGAAUUACGGUCGUCAGGAAGUAAAUAAUGGCUGCAGCUGUGAGGAUUCGCGUUGCCCAGUUGGUUCAAAAGCACGCUUUUUCACUAUUGACACAACCUAGGUGCUUGGCAGCUACUCAGAAACUAUGUUUCCACAAUUCUUACUUGCUAUGUGUUGCUGGGCAAGAAAUCAAGAUGCCUUCACUUUCCCCUACCAUGUCAGAAGGGACAAUUGUGAAAUGGUUGAAGAAGGAAGGAGAUGUUGUUCAGCCAGGUGACGUUCUUUGUGACAUACAGACUGACAAAGCUGUUGUCUCAUUUGAAACUGAAGAAGAGGGCGUCCUUGCAAAAAUCCUGGUUCCAGAGAACACAGCUGAUGUCAAGGUGGGGACGCUGAUAGCUCUGAUGGUGGCUCAGGGAGAGGACUGGAAGUCUGUGGAAGUGCCGGCUUCGGCUGGGGCACCGCCCCCUGCCUCUGCUCCUGCUCCAUCUGCCCCAACUGCCCCACCCCCGGCUCCUUCUGUCGCUGCGAAACCUGGCCACCCAGAAACACCACACAACAUUGGUCCCGCUGUUAGACUUCUUCUGGAGCAAUACGGUCUGCAGCCAUCAGACAUACCUGGAACCGGCCGAGGAGGGAAGGUGCUCAAGGGCGAUGUCCUCGAAUUUGUCAAAAAGAACGCACUGAAGCCAAAGCCACCAAAGCAAGUUCCUCCACCUCAGGCAGCCAAAGCACCUCCGCCAGGUGCUGUGCGUAAACCAGCUGCAGGAGCAGCAGCGAAAGUUAAGCCGCCGGGCGCAAAGUUCUCAGAUCUUGAGCUGACUAACAUGCGCCGCACCAUCGCAAAGAGGCUGACACAAUCCAAGUCAACAAUACCACAUGCCUAUGGCAGCGUCAAAUGUACAAUAGACAAAAUAUUAGCUUUAAGGAAGCAGUUGAAAUCAGAUGGUAUAUCUGUAUCUGUGAAUGACUUUGUUGUGAAAGCUGUUGCAAAUGCAUUGCUCCAGUAUCCUGAAGUUAAUGUACAUUGGAUUGAUGGAAAGAUAGUUCAUAUUCCAACUGUGGAUGUAUCAAUAGCAGUUGCCACAGAUGCUGGUUUGAUCACACCCAUAGUGAAAAAUGCAGCAGGCAAGGGUAUCGAAACGAUCUCAACAGAAAUACGCAAACUGGCAGAAAAAGCACGAUCUGGGAAACUCCAGCCUCAUGAAUUCCAAGGUGGAAGCUUCACGGUAUCCAAUUUGGGCAUGUUUGGCAUUGGAGAAUUCAGUGCUAUCAUCAAUCCCCCACAGUGUGCCAUUCUUGCAGUCGGAGGUGGGAAACAAGUAAUAAACUCUGAAGGACGACCGGAGACCCGCAUGGUGGCAACACUGUCGUACGAUAACCGUGCCAUUGAGGAUACAGUGGCAGCUCAGUUUCUGCGUGCUGUUGGUGAUUUUCUUGAUGAUCCAAAUGUGCUGCUACUUGGUAGUGCCCCAGGACUUCGUUCUGAACUCAGUUCGUGAGAGAGAGAGAGGCAUGAUUUUGAAAGUAGGUAUUUUCAGGGAGGCAGAAGAAUGAACUUUGAAGACCAUUACUCUUUGACUAGUGAAAUCCUUACAAACAGUUGUUAAAAACAAUAAGAUGUUGUUGAAUAUGUUGUAAGCAUUUUGUUAAAUGGAGAUAUAUUUAUUUUAAUGUUUUGUGUGACAGUGUCCUUGUUCGUGUUGUAUAUGAAACAAUAUGCACUGCCUAUUUAUGUUGAUUUAUUUGAUUGAUUCCAGAAACAAGAAGGUUCUUUGGACACUGUGUAGACUGUGUAAUGUACAUAAGAAAUAAUUCGUAUGACUGAACUGUUGUUUGUGAAUCUUUGAACAUGCAUUUGUUGCUUGUGUAAAUUAUUCAAAAUUUUGUUGUUAUGAAUGCCAGAUUUAUUUUAUUGCUCAAAUUGGUACCUGAGCAAGCAAUUUGUAUACCUUUUAGGUCUGUAGAAUGUGAUAACUGUACAAACGUAUAAAACAAUUUUAACUGUUCAUGAUGGGCAAAUGUAAGUAAUUAAGACUUAGCUAUAUGUAACAUGAAGUACCUCUGCUCUAAACACUGCCAAGCAACUGGAAGCGCUAACAACAUCUGGAAUCCAAUCCUCCAUUGCCAAUACCUAUUACGAAACCUUAAGUUCUUGUUCAUGAAGAUUAUGUUGCAAGUCUCAAUGUAACUACCACGGAAAUGGCGAAGUUGCAUAUAAAUGGAUCGAGUGUAAACUUUUUUCUGUUUUGUAAUAGAAUGAGAGUUGCAUAGAAGAACAUUAUAUCUCUGUAUAAUUCACACUGCAUUCAGAGUUUCCACUAUGGGAACGCUCAACAGACACCAUUGUGAAUAAAAUGGUGGCUUUACCUGUAAUUGCUGUACUUCACAAUCUACACUCCAAAGCUGAACUGAAGUUUUCCCUUGUGAAAUAAGUGUGGUAGAAGUGAAAAGCACUAGUGCCAGUUGGUCAUUGUUAUGAGAAAGGAACCCAAGUGUAUAAUUAUUACUUGUAGAAUGUGGGACAAACAUGAUUACAUUAAGACAGAACACUACAAAAUAUGUCCAAACCCUUAUAAACUCAUAGAUUGUCAUAAACAGUAUUUCUGGACAGGCAAUGAUCCGAAAAGCUGUUUUGCGUGUUUCAGAUAGACAACAUAGUCAUUCUUGCUGAUGGGUACAUGUGAAAUUUCUUUAUUUAGUAUCAGUUACUGUUGGCUCGAUUUAUUGCUUGACCUGGUUGUCCGUGAUGGUAGUGAACCAAAAUUUAAUCAGCAGUAACUGUUUCCCUAGGAUCCAUUUAUGUUGUCAACAUUUUGCCAACUUUCAUAUUAUCAUGGCUCUUGCAGCCUAUUGAUCCAGAUGUCAUGUGCAGCUCACAGACUGCUGUUUUUUGGAGUAUUUGAUAAUUGUGGCUGGCGUAAGAGACUCUUCUGUAAAUGCGUUUUGUAGCUACAUAAUGCUUCAUCUUUCUAACUGCUCUCCAAAUUAUGUAAACAGUACUCUCAAGUUUCAGUACAGCAAUUCCAUAUUAAUUUUUACACACAGGUGACUUUUAUAAUGCAACUGCAUCUUCCACAUUACAUGCAUUCAGUUCUCUUAUGGAUAGCUUUUGUUGCCUCCCUUUUGAUGAACAAUUCAUUCCCUUUCAGCACAUAUUUGGCUCUGGUAAUUAAGUCCUAAGAAAGGACCUUCUGUACACAGUUAAUCUGUGUAUAGGGGUGUAGAUGCAGUUUGUAGUAGCCUUUGUUCUCUCUGACAACAAGAGGAACACAGAAAAGUUUUAUGAAUUUUUGUCACACACACACACACACACACACACACACACGUGUUGUACCAGCAGACUACAUUGUGCUGGCACUGCAGUAUGUUUUCUCCUGUAAAAGACAGGGUAACCUGCAAAGGUAGUAAUGUCAUGAAAACAGUUAUACUGCAAGUUUUGCACAGCCUUUUCACUUGGCACGUCCAACGACCAGGUGUCUGCCCAAGUGGAUGGGCACCAUCAAACUGUGGCUGAGAGAAGAGUUGGCCACACGGUGGCCAGUGAUUGGUUAAAAAUGUGUUCCGUUUGGAUCCUCUGUCCCCACACAAUUUCUCUGAAGUAUGUAGAUGGGAACUGUCCAUACAACCACUCCUGUCUACAAUCUUCAGUGAUUCAUUCCAUUCACCUAACCCCACAAACCAGUCAAGUUACAGUGACAGUGACAGGACAAUGUAUUCAACUGGGACAAUGUGUGUGUGUGUGUGUGUGUGUGUGUGUGUGUGUGUGUGUGUGUGUGUAUGGAAGUUACUGCUGGAGAAGGGUAUAAAGACCAGCAACACCUCAACUUCAUGAAGAGCGGCUACUUUUACUCCUUCCAUUAUUUGUAUCCCAUCUAGAACUUUGCAUUAUAACAAGUUCUUUUUUCUGUGAUUUUUCACAUUGUGGCAUUUAUUGAAUUGUAGGUAUUUGUGUUCAUAGCUAACAUCAGUUUCUUCUGAUUUCUAAAAUAAAAAAAAAGAUCUGAUUUAUAUAUUGCAACUAGGAAGGUAAACCGUGUACUGUAAGUACAAUCGUAUUUCUUACUCACUAGUGAACUGAUGGUUUCUCCAUCCUCUGAACUUCUUGAUCCAUGUUCUCUCAUGGAUAAAUAGAAACUGAUAGAACCUUAUACCUAACUUCUUUCUCCUGUCCAUCUUUUACAGUUCCUUUAAUUUAGCUCCGUAAUCAAGUUUCCUGAUGUGCAUAUACAAGUUGAAUUGCAUCAAGUGUAAUUAUAAAGCCCUUGUCACUGUGUCACCUGUGAUAGAUGCCAUUUGUAAAUGAAUCUUUGUAGCUUUAGACGCCAUGUACGUGAAAUUUAUUAUGGCUUAUGUGAGAUUCAUUCUGUUUUAAUGAAAGAAUAUUUGAAGUUGUGUUUGCACCAACAGUUAGUUCUUGUAAACAUUGCAUUUUCAAGGAAUGUUGCAUUGCAGCUCUUUGGAAGCCAUAUAUUUAAGAAAUUUUACAAAAAAUAUUUGAGAACACAUGAUUAAGCAUCUUAGGUUUUGUGUGGUCUUAGUGAUUAAAAUAAUUAAUAAUACUCAGUAAUCGUAUCCUUCUUUUUAUGAAUUCCACUGUUGGGUUCAACACGCAUCAAGUCUCACCACCAUAGCAUAUUGCACCAUUAGAGAUUAUUCUGCAGCCUUUUGUUGAGUUCAAUAUUAUUGUUAUUGAUAUCAGAAACAGGCACACACAAAUCACAAAAAAAAAAUUGCUUUCACAAGCACAGCUUUCUUCAUCUGGCAGGACUGAAUUUUAUUUGUCCCCAUACAGAAUUAAGAUUGAUUAUGUCGGUGGUCACGGGAUUUAACCAUUACAGCCAAUGGAACAGUUACGAAAUUAUUGUUGACAUAUUUCUCUGUUUGAAUGUGCAGGAGUCUGUCACACAUAGAUCAUCAUGCCAUGUCAUGUAACUGUAGCAAGUAAACAAAAUAAUUAUCUUGCAAGAAAUUUUCAUAUCCAGAUCGUUGUGACUCACAGCAGUAAGAAAACAGAUGAUGUUGCAGGUUAUUCCUGUACCAUUUGUGUUUAUGAAGAGUUUGUGCCUGCUGGAAUAGUGGUGCAUUUUGACACUAUUUAAGAUGCUGUAUUGUUCCCGUCACCUAGGUGCCUUCUCUUACAUUCCUUCUUCAAAGAGAAGCUUAGUACAGACUAUUAAGCUCAGUUCAUACUUUUCAUUUUCUUUGAGUGUGUGAUGAAUUUCUGUUUCUCAUAGUGAAGCUAAGAAUGUUAGCAAACUGUCUUUGUCAUCCACACACACUGUGAGCUGUACAAUGCACAGCUCAAACACAUCUGUAUGAAAUACAAAUUUUUGUGCUAGUCAUAUGUUACAAUUUUGUAUACACUUUACAGAUUCAUGUGCAAAUUCAUUUAUUGGCUUCAAACAGCUGUUGAAAAAACACUUACCUUUCAAAAUUGUAUACAUCUUUAAAUACUCCCCUUCUAACUGCAACCCCCCCCUCCCCCACCUUACACACACACACACACACACACACACACACACACACAUACUCUCUCUGUCUCUCUCUCUCUCUCUCUCUCUCUCUCUCUCUUUCUCUCUCUCUCUCUCUCUAUCUCCUCUUACUGUACCAUACUAUUUUAUGAUGGUGGAAUAUUACCAAAACAUGGUUCAAUUCAGUGUGUCCUUUUUGUUAGCCUCAACUUCAUUUUAAAAUAGUAGUGCUGAUCUGUAUAUUUUGAAUUUUUCAUACAUACAGGUGAAUCCUAAAUUCUAGUCAAAUUAUUUAUUGCAAAAGCUGUGUUACAUUAAAAUAUUAAUGUUUAUAUUUUUUAAAGGGACUGGGCUAUUAAUUUGCAGUAAAUUUAUAAUUCACUUUUAUAAGCAGUUGAAAUUAUUUCUUCAGCUUCUCAUUGUGAUGUCUUUGGCUUUUCAUAACAUGCUAUAUAAAACAUACAACUGAAAGCACAUGUUUCUAUUGAAAAUGAACUAAUAAAUAUACAACUUAAAAUUCAGCAAUAGAGAAUACAAGUAGUCAUCCCAGACCUGUGCCUCUUUAGUUUUUAAUUUUUUUUGUUCUCUGUUGAUUCCUAGACGUGUCUGUGUUUGUCAUUCAUUUAUUUUUCAAUUUCACUGGUAAAUAGAUAACUCCACGUGUUCUUUGCAUAGUAGAAUAUUCUUGCUUUCCACAAAUAUCCCAAAAGACAUAAAACAUGGUGAAAGAAGUACAAAAAAAUUAAUGUAUGUAAUUGAUAUUGCAGUCUUUUAGAGCAGUAUGACAAAUUUAAUCAAGGAGUGACAGAGGUUAAUCUAUGCAUUUGGUCCUUGAGAUUUGUAACUACCCAGUGGAUGAAUGUUGUGGGACCAUUCCUGAAAAACUAUACAUUUUUAAUAUUAGCACUACAUUUUCCAACAAGAAAUAAUAGUAUGCAAUAUUGCAUUAUCCACAUCUUUUCAAAUGGUGGCACAAUUAGUGAAGUCCUUGUUGGGUUGUUCUUUCCCUUACUGUAAUUAUACUUUUUCUGUGAUCAAGAUGAUUAAUGCCUCACAGUUUCCUGGAAAUGCUAUUCCUUAUUUCAAUACCAAGUUGAUAUUUGCAAAAUACUUAGUCCAUUACUUAUUACAUUGACAGUUGCUGUGUAUUCUCAUUUUGAAACCUGUUCUCAAUUUAGAGUCAGUGCAAGUAUUCCAUUUUAUGUUUUGUUGUAUCAUAAUGCUGGGAAGUAUUGUAUUUUCUGAUAACUUUUUGUCCAUUAGUUUAAUAGGGAGUUUGGCUGAUGUCUUUUUUUUUUGUUAGAACUAAAGUGUUUCAUCUAACUGCAGUACUCUAUACUCUGUAUCAGCUUUAAUGGAUUUUCAAAUUAUUCUCUGAUAGUUUCUGUAAUUUAAGACAUGGUUUGAUCUGCAGCUUGGAAUAGUUUUCAUUCUACCAUUAUUUUUGUUUAAGUAAUUUUUGUACAUAGAAGCAGAAUUGGGCCCAAUAUGGAACCUUGAGGGACAUUUUUUGACAGUUAAUAAAUCAGACUAGUGGGUGAUUAACUAUGCCAUUUUCGUCUGUCCAUUCCUUUGUUUUUUCAUGGCAGUAGGAUUUAUCCCAGCUAUGCACUGCCACCCUAAUUCCUAAAUUUUGCUCUUUUUAAAUAACAUACUGUGAGCGACGGUAUUAAAGGUCUUUCGUAAAUUUAAGAAUGUACUCAAAAUGUAAUAACAUGUAGUGCUGCAAAUAGAAAAGCAAAUACAGCUGUUUCAGUCAAGUAAA